GCACUUGUGCUCACUCCUACCACGUACUACACUCCACUCCUUUAAAGUGCAAAAUAAAUCAUUCUUUUCUUGCCUCACUCCUAAUUUCUCUCUCCUAUCUCUAAAUUCUCUCUUUGUACCUCAAAUUAACCCUAUUACAAAAUGGUACACCCAGAAACGCCGUAUGAAACACCACUCAAGUCCAAAAUUACCACCUUCCGCCAUAAAACGUCGUCGUUUCUCACCGACGUGGUCAUGUUCUUGGGUGGCGCAUUGGUGGCUUUCCUCCUCGUUUGGUCUCUCUGGUGCUUUACAACACCUCCUUCUUCCUCCACCACUUUCUCCCCUUCGUUACCCUCCGAAACCCGAACCCAGCCCGACCCAACAACAUUCUACGACGACCCGGAAAUGGGGUACACCCUCAAAACCCGGGUCCAAAACUGGGAUGAGAAGCGCAAACAGUGGCUAGACCGAAACCCGGGCCACCCGGCGUUUAUCGGGCAGAACCGAGUUGUUAUGGUGACAGGGUCACAACCCGGCCCGUGUAAACAUCCAGUAGGGGACCACCUUCUGCUAAGAUUCUUCAAGAAUAAAGUGGAUUACUGUCGGAUUCACGGGUACGACAUCUUUUACAACAACGUGUUGUUGGAUCCUAAGAUGUUCUCGUUUUGGGCCAAGUACCCGGUUGUAAAAUCCGCAAUGCUAGCCCACCCGGAAGCCGAGUGGAUCUGGUGGGUUGACUCAGACGCAGCCUUGACUGACAUGGACUUCAGCCUACCACUUGAAAGGUACAAAGAGCAUAAUUUGGUCAUCCAUGGUUGGCCCAAAUUGGUGUUUGAGAAGAAGAGCUGGACUGGGCUUAAUGCGGGUGUUUUUCUUAUCAGAAACUGUCAAUGGUCCAUGGACUUGUUAGAGAAAUGGGCCAAUUUCGGCCCAAUAAGCCCAGACUAUGAGAAAUGGGGGGAAAUCAUGAAAUCGGUGUUCAGUGAUAAACUGUACCCGGAAUCCGACGACCAAACGGGCAUAGCGUACUUAAUGGUAAAAGAAGGGCAAAAAUGGAAGGACAAGAUAUACUUAGAAAAAGAGUAUUAUUUUGAAGGGUAUUGGGUGGAAAUAGUGGAUAAUUUGGAAAACAUAACGGCGCAUUAUAGCGAAAUAGAGAGGAAAGAGCGCGGGUUAAGAAGGAAACGUGCGGAGAAAGCAGGGGAAGACUAUCGUGCGCAGUUGGAAAAGAAUAUGGAAAGUGAAAAAGGAAAUGAAAUCACGAAAAGACCCUUUAUAACACAUUUUACAGGGUGUGAGCCAUGCAGUGGUAAACACAAUGAAAUGUACAGUUGGGAAUCUUGUUUUAAAGGGAUGAAUAAAGCCUUGAAUUUUGCUGAUAAUCAGGUGCUUAAGAAUUUUGGAUACUUUCAUCCUGAUUUAGACAAUUCUUCAUGGGUUAACCCUAUUUCUUUUUGAUUUAUUGUCAAUUUGUCAUAUAAUACAUAUAUUAUGCUUUUAAUUAUUAUUAUUGAUUAGGGAGAUGUACAUAAGGAGUAUUAAUUAAUCUCUCUGUCUAGAACUAAUUGUCAUGCUCAUAAGUAUUCUAAAGUAUAAUUUGAGCUAGUAAUACAACGGAGAUGGUGUUAUUAUGACUUUA